CAGACCACCAUACAUUCACGCGACUCCCCACCGAGAUGGAUCUGGGAGCAAAUCCCUACGAGGCAAAGCCGCUCAAUCGACACCGCUCGUCGCUCGAAGGCACGAUGAUCCUGCCUGCCGGGACUCCCGCCCUGUUGCCAGACGAUACGAGGGCGCAAGCCAAAGCACGUUUGUAUCACAUUCUCGAGAACCUCGAGGCGCUGGCCGGCGCUGCCGCCGCCGCAAACCACCGGCCGCAGCAGGGCUACAACCGCCCCGCGCUUGUCCGCCUCACCUACGAAUACACGAUUUCCGAUCAAUCCAAAAGCCUCUUUCUGACGAGCUUUUUCGAAUCUCUGGCCCUCCCACUCACCGGCAAUGUCACGGAUGCCGACGUCGACUUUGGGAACACGGAGGUGGCGGCGGGCCUCGGCACUUCGGUGGAUGCUUUCGCAGAGUACCUGAUGAACAACUUCUUUUCGCCGCUUAAGGCUGCUUCCAACAAGACGCCCCAGCCGUCCCCUAUAACCCACUCCGCCAUUCAGAGGGCACAGGGCUCCUCUUUGCCCCAAUCCUUCGUCGGCACGCCAGACCGUGUCUCGGCUCUGCGUGGACUCUGUCUCGUCCGCGAUCGCCACCGCUGCGUAAUUUCACGGAAAUUCGACAUCACGGAAGCCCGUAAACGCUUUAAAGCGGCAAAUGGCGGCGCUGUUCUGGACGAUGAUGGCCUCUCGCUCAGUCCGCAUGACUUUGGCCCUUUGGAGGUUGCUCACAUCCUCCCGCACUCACUGGCCAAAAGUUCUUCAGACUCCCUUUUGGAUCCCGCUAGAAAAGCGGCCCUGGAUGUUUUGAACAUGUUUGAUGCGGGGGUUGUGCGCCUGAUUGAGGGCGCCGAAAUCGACCGGCCCUACAACGCCAUCAGCUUGUCUCACCAUCACCACUUGGAAUUCGGCUCCUUCCGGAUCUUCUUCGAGCCUGUUCUUGAUAACCAGCCCCCGCAUACGUAUCGCAUCAAUGGGUUCGAUCCAUUCUUCGAUCAAUCUCUGGGUUUACCCGUCACGCGGACCCUCUACCUCACCCAAGACAAGACCAUCGACCCGCCCUCGUCUCGUCUACUCGCCAUUCAUCGCGCGAUCGCGCACAUCCUGCACCUUUCGGGGGCGGGGGAUUACAUUGACCGGGUUCUUCGCGAUGCCGAAGAAAACGGAGUGCGUUCCGACGGAUCGACCGCGCUCGGGCUCCUUGUCAGCGCCAGGUUGAGCCUGGGGCGGGUCGCUGGCAUCGGUGCGGGGGCUUAGCAGGCCAGCUCACCUGACCCAGAGGCCUGACGGAGAUACGCCGCGAACGACAGGCGGGAAGAGGGGUUCUCGGCACACUAAACCCUUUCCGCCCCAGCGGUGAUGGGCAGGCUCUUGACGCUCCUGGUCCAGCAACAAACAAGCAGCAACACACCACUGGCACCCCAAAAGUCGGAAGGCCGAGGCUUUUGACGAAAGAUCCGAGACGGCGGCGGAACCCGCGAUAAAAACAUCACGCCUCGCUGUUGGUGUCCCGCUGCACCGUGGACAACAGGACAAUGGCAGGGGUAAAUAUCCUUAACGUGGGCUUAUUGGACGCCUCUUUCG